GCGUCGUUGAGUACCAUACCGGGAAACCAAAAGACACAGUCCGGACGCCAAACCUGAAUCACCCUGUAAGUCUUAUCAAUAGGCCCUACACAAGAAUAAUAAAACAUCAUGAGGGAAAUUGUACAUCUGCAAGCUGGACAAUGUGGAAACCAAAUCGGAUCUAAGUUUUGGGAAGUAAUUUCUGAUGAGCAUGGCGUUGAUCCAACAGGUACAUACCAUGGUGAUUCCGACCUUCAGCUGGAAAGAAUAAAUGUGUACUACAACGAAGCAACAGGUGGUAAAUAUGUACCCCGAGGUGUCCUUGUAGAUCUUGAGCCGGGCACGAUGGACUCUGUCAGGUCGGGUCCAUUUGGACAAAUCUUUAGGCCAGACAACUUUGUUUUCGGACAAAGUGGAGCUGGAAACAACUGGGCAAAGGGACAUUACACAGAGGGCGCUGAGCUCGUUGAUGCUGUACUGGAUGUAGUACGCAAAGAGGCCGAGGGUUGCGAUUGUCUUCAGGGAUUCCAAUUAACACAUUCUCUUGGAGGCGGAACUGGCUCCGGUAUGGGAACACUCCUUAUUAGCAAAAUCCGCGAAGAGUACCCCGACAGAAUAAUGAACACAUUCAGCGUUGUACCGUCACCCAAAGUAUCGGACACAGUUGUGGAACCAUACAAUGCCACACUGUCCGUUCAUCAACUCGUAGAGAACACAGACGAAACAUACUGUAUUGAUAAUGAGGCUCUGUAUGACAUCUGUUUCCGAACACUAAAACUGACAACUCCUACAUACGGUGACUUAAAUCAUCUGGUAUCGGUGACAAUGAGUGGUGUGACAACAUGUCUCCGGUUUCCUGGUCAACUCAAUGCAGAUUUGCGAAAACUCGCAGUCAAUAUGGUUCCUUUCCCACGUUUGCAUUUCUUUAUGCCUGGUUUUGCCCCAUUGACCAGUCGUGGAAGCCAACAGUACCGCGCCCUUACCGUACCAGAGUUGACACAGCAGAUGUUUGAUGCCAAAAACAUGAUGGCCGCUUGUGAUCCACGUCACGGCAGGUACCUCACAGUCGCUGCCAUCUUCCGGGGACGUAUGUCCAUGAAGGAAGUUGACGAGCAGAUGUUGAACAUCCAGAACAAGAACAGUAGCUACUUCGUCGAAUGGAUCCCCAACAACGUAAAAACAGCUGUCUGUGACAUUCCACCACGUGGUCUUAAAAUGUCUUCCACUUUCAUCGGCAAUAGUACAUCAAUCCAGGAAUUAUUCAAGAGAAUCUCCGAGCAGUUCACCGCUAUGUUCCGUCGCAAGGCUUUCUUGCAUUGGUACACGGGUGAAGGCAUGGACGAGAUGGAAUUUACUGAAGCUGAGAGUAACAUGAACGAUCUUGUAUCUGAGUACCAACAGUAUCAAGAUGCCACUGCUGAUGACGAAGGCGAGUUUGAAGACGACGAGGAAGAAGAUGAGGAGGAGGCAUAAUUUAAUUAAAUAUUUUAACUUAAUUUUACCGCUUUGCUCCUGCAUGCAACAAAAUUCAUGUUUUAAUACAUUACCUUAGCCACCUUUUUGUAUAGAAGUUCAUUAUCUAACAUUAACAGAAAUGUUCGCAAAAUCAAAGCACACAUAUAGGCCUACACAAGUGGGUUUCUGAAUACUGGUACUUUAUUAGAAAUCUAAUUUCAAUUAGGCCUAGCUAUGCAUCUUACUUCCGCAAUAUAAUGUACUUCAACUCUUACUUAAAAUACGGUAAGUUAUUAUGAUGUAUAUCCAAGAUAUAAAUAACACGUACUGGUUACACAUUCAAUGCCAUCAUAAAAUGUCUCAACAUCCAAAGACAAGAUACACGUAUUUGGUAAAAACUUAAAGUCACGAAAUAAUUAGGGAGAAUUUCAUAUCUAGCAACGUGAGCCUAGAACAGAUUCACAGUCCAUGAUUAAUCUGCGUUCUCUGGCAUAACGUAGGUUCACGACAAAGAGCAUCCUAAAAUUCAGACGACGAAAAUUCUACGUCCUCGGAUGCACCAUGGAGGAAAUAUAUUUAUAUUUAUUUAUCUUAAUAUAUUUCCCCAAUGGAUGCACAUACGUAUUAUACAAACUUACCGUCAAACGAAAAAUAAAGAUGAUGCUAUAUAAAAGAA